AGCAUAUGUAUAUAUAUAUGAUGACCUCCAUUUUCAUACGAAGGAGCGAUACAUCUAUCCAUAUUGAUAUUUCCUCUUUUUAACCGGUGCUUUUAUUUUCAAGGCAGCCCGUAGAGUUUACGUAUGCCCUUGACAUCCGCGCUCUGUAAUUUCCGCUUGAUUUGCCCAUAAUUCAAGUAAGGGUACAUGAUCGCCGCCUCGUCGUCGCUGUGAAGAAGCCCUAAUGUAUGUCCAAUCUCAUGCACCCCAAUUGACUCCAGAUCCAUUUCCAUUGGGCUUGGAUCAUCGCUCCAUUUCUCAUCCGCGUCGUAAUGGAGACGUCCAUAACGUGGCUGGAAAGCAUGGGCCGUGGUCCCGUUAGGCCCAUCGAAUGGAAACCCGUCUCCGUGGUCGCGAGAAUAAAACGAAAUUUGCAUGUCAGCCUUGGCUCUGCCGCCAACAUUCUCAAACGUGAGCUCCGUCACAUUCUCCCAGCUCCGGAACGCUCGGGCCACGGCGGCCUUGAUGGUGGCUUCCUUCAAACCGGCAGGAGGGUUGCUUUUGGGGAACUUGUACCGGAGGUUGUUCUUGUUCCACUUGGGUUUGCC